AUGGCUUCUUUGAACUUUAUCAGAACUGCUGCAAAUUUUACUGUGAAACCCAAUAAUAAGAAUGUAACAUUAUUUCAUUUACGUAAUUUAACCACUGCUCAACAGGCUAGUAAUGCAUCUAAAAGGUUAAUAAAUAUUUUAUCCAGACUUGCUGUUAUAAAAGAAAUAACUAAAGAAGUUUAUGUUAAAGAAGGUCUUCGUCCUCCUAGUGGUUCGCAAAUUUCAGCAGCUUGGGAAAAACUUAAAAAUACUAAAUGGCAAAAUCUUAGUUUACAUGAUUAUAAAAUAAUUGGUGUGAGAUCUUUAGAAUGUUUAGGUUUUUUCGCUAUCGGUGAAAUUAUUGGAAGGAGAAGUUUAAUUGGUUAUAAAGUUUAA